GCUGUCUGUGCCCGCGUAUUGGAUUGUUUAGUUAUUUGUGAAGCCCAACAAUAAAACGCUCCGCCAUUUGACGAUGGACUACGUCGAUAUACAGGCCGUUGAAUCGAAGCUCACGGACGUGACGGUCACACCGAUACCGAUGAUAAAGAAUGCACAUUCGAAUCACAACACCGGGAGCAGCAGCAGCAGUAGCAGCAACUACAACAAUACGGCCAACAUUACGAUAACGCCGCAGGUUAACCAUCGCAGCAGCAGCAACCACAACCAUCAUAGCACUGUGUCCUCUUCGGUCAACGAUGGUUCGUCGGGUGCGCUAGCAUUAACCGUCGGUUCGAACAACAGUGCCGCGAACCUAGUGGCCCCGGUUACGACGUUUAAUCACUUCCCCAACAAUGCCGGACUGUCGAAGUACGCUCAGCUGCUGAUGGUGAUUGAGGAGAUGGGACGCGAUUUGCGUCCGACGUACUCCGGAAGUCGAAAUUCAGCGGAACGGUUGAAACGAUUGAUAGUGCACGCCCGCAUUCUGGUUCGGGAGUGUUUGGUAGAAACGGAACGAUCCGCUAGACAGUAAGCGUAGGGACAUAACAAAACGACUACAUCAACCAAGCCGAGGUUUCCGCCGUUUCUCACUCAACUAUCUCAUUCUUCAAGUGCAUUCGUAAGCAGUCCUUGGCUUUUCCUGGGGCGACGUUGUCGCAUCGGCCGGAUGUCGCCGGUGCGGUGCAACGUUAAACACAUAAUCCACAGUACAAAAAGGAGAGAAAAAAACAAAUACAGCGCAAUGUUUGUGGUCGGGUUGGGCCAACACUGCAGUAGAUGGAGGUGUGUAUAAUCAGUUAACGAUAGAGUUGAUGAAAGCAGCCUUAGCUAAUAAACAUAGACUGUGUAUUUACGUUUCGCUCGAAACACCGAUUUGGAAGUAGCAGUGCAAGAACGAAGUAUACCAAAAUACAACCUAAUGCAUGCGCAGCACGUAUACAGAAGUUUUGCAGCGAGAGCAGGCACGAUCGCAUCGCGGAUGAAAAAUGCUCUCUGUUUUUUUUCUACAAAACAUUAACAAGCAUAAUAAAAGACGAUACAAUUCUGUAGCCUUUAACUAUAUACAAUCGAUUGUGUAAACCAUACCGUGGUGUAGGGGCUGGUUGGGAGAAUAAAUAAAUGCAUACAGGGUUCAUCCCAAACGCAAUAAGUCUCUUUAGAACAUACAGUUUUAUUAAUCGGAUCA